UCUUUCCUAUACUCAUGAGUUUACAGUCGGCCUUGGAACGAUUAGCUACGUACCGUGCCAACAACACGCGCGCUUCGCAAGAUAUAUUCCGAAAUGGACUUCUAGUGCUUCAGAAAAGCGGUUUCAAAAAGUUGGGAGACGACGCCUGGAUAUCCCUAGAACAAUUGGCAUUAGCCUCAAUAGACGUCGGACGACUCGAUAUAGCAGAUCAAUGCCUCCAGCUCAUUGCCGACAAUUUCCCCAACUCCCCACGCGUCGACUGUCUCAUAGGUAUCCGAAUGGAAGCUACAGAGCCUCCAGAAACAGCCCUUAAAUACUACGCCGACAUACUUGAAGCCGACUCCGCCAAUGUCGCAAUCUGGAAGCGACGAAUAUCAGUCCUGAGGAGAACAGGAAAGGUAGAAAAGGCCCUGAACGAACUCGUGCAAUUUGUGGAUACUUUCUAUACGGACGUUGAAGGGUGGCUAGAACUCGCAGACAUCUAUGCGUCGUGUAACCAAUAUGAUCACUCCUUCCAGGCGCUCUCACAUGUUCUGCUCCUAACGCCCCAGAACCCCUUCUACGUCCUCCAAGCCGCUGAAACAGCCUACACCUCAGAAGACUUUCCCCUCGCUAUCAAGAUGUUCCUCACCGUCGUAGACAUGACCGAUGCUGAUGAUUCAGAACAGCUUUUGCAAGAAUCCACACCUCUCGGGAUCACUGUGCGAGCGUGGUUCGGCGUGAAACUCUGUGCUCGUCGGAUAGCACAGAAUGCGAACCUGAAGUCUUCAUCGAAUACUAGUGCGCCGAAGAACCUGGGGUUACUAGAUGAACUGGCCGCGGAGCGUCUUCGAGUUGCGUAUUCAAGUUCGGGUCAGAAGGGUGAGAUCGCGAAAGGGAGACAAGAAGUUUUCGCUUGGGUCGCGACUCCCCUUGCGUAGGCAUGCAGUUGAUUUCCUUUCUCUUCUUCAGCUACGUCCAGUCCCGUCUUGUUGGCAUUUAUGACGUUCACUCAGACAUGAUCAAGGGAAGAGAUAGUCAUCAAUGUACUAGACAAAUGCCCGAGGUAAAUACUAUGACAAGACUGAAGUUUCGGGCGAGCACGCGUAGCGCCUGACCUGAGACAGAGGGAUAAGCUGCACACAGGGAUGGUGAGUUGCCUCGCUGCGACUGCACUGUAGGUGUCCUCUUGUCUCUUCUGGUGUGAAUUCCAGGAGAACGAUGGCUUCUGAAUUCAAAAGACCAACUCUGAGGCACAAAUUUGAGGACCAUGGGAAGGCUGUUCGAGAUUUCGUCUUCUGAUACGACAAUGUCCAAAUUGUGUACAGGGCUUCUUGUCGGGAAAGUAUGGAACUUCGAGGGUAGUAGGGAAUACGGAAUUGUAUCAGGCAGAGUGAACAUCACAAUUUGCAUUCGAGAA